AUGACUGUGCCCAAAGUGAAACUAUCGAACGGAUUGGAAAUCCCCGCCAUCGGAUUUGGGUCUGGAACCAAGUGGAAACGCCCUCCUGGAGAAAAGGAGGAGCGAGAGCUCAUUGAUGCCGUGGUCAGUGCAAUCAAUGCCGGACACCUUCAUAUCGAUACUGCUGAGUUCUACGGCACCGAAAAGCAAAUUGGAGAGGCCAUUAAGGAGAGUGGAGUGCCUCGAAAGGAUAUUUUCCUGACUUCCAAGACCCUUUUUGGUCUGCUUGCUGAUGACCCCAUUGAGUCCAUCUCCAAUCAGCUCAAGACGCUACAAACGGAUUACUUUGACCUGUUUCUGAUCCACGUGCCUCCCAAUGAUGAUAUCAACUAUGACUUGGCCAAGGCUUGGGGCGUGCUUGAACAACUAUACGAGAAGGGCCUUGCCAAGGCGAUUGGAGUGUCUAAUCACUCCCCAGCUGAGCUCGAGACAAUCAUCAAGGUGGCCAAGAUCAAACCCCAUGUUAACCAGAUCGAAUUCCAUCCUUUGCUCCAGGAACCCACUCCCGGAAUUGUUGAUUUCUGCAAGCAGCACGACAUUGUGGUUGAGGGAUACUCGCCUCUAGCUUCCAACGAACUAGAGGGAGAGAAGCCUCUGGAUGCAGUGGUGGCCAACGUUGCAAAGAACCAUAAUGUUUCUCCGGGAUCAGUUCUUCUAAGAUGGGCUACUCAGAAGGGCAUUGUUCCCAUCACUACAUCUGCCAACGCCGGUCGACAAAAGGAGGCUCUAGCCAUCUUCGACUUCAAAUUGUCUGAUGGCGAGGUAGAGGAGAUUUCCAAGGUCGGGGCUGAGUCCCCUCGGUACCAACGAUUGCCGAUUCCUUCUCACAAGCACUACUACCCUGCCGAAGAGGGCGAAGCCAAAAUAUAA